AUCUCCCUCCCAUCCACUUGUUCUCUGACAAACUCGGAGCUGAAAAAGGUGAAGCCGUGCGUUUGGCUGAUCACAGCCAUGUACACUCUUUACAAUCAAAACUACUGACACUGUGACUCAAAAUUUUAGCUACAGAACUACCAUCCAGCAGCAAGAGGACACAAGCAUAGCUGGACUCAGUACGUGGACUUAAAAAAAGCUGAGGCCAAAAAGCUCUGGGGAAAAAAGUGAACAAAGUCUUGCUUUUGUGAUUAAAAGGAAGGACAGGAGUGGAAUGGAGAGAUCUCACAGGUCAGGAGUAAAAGACAUUACAAAACAAGAGACCAGGAUGACACAGAAGGGAAGGACCACGCUUUCGUUCCCGUUCCACGCAUCCAUCUUCCUCGUUCUCCUCUUCCUUAUCCCCCUGCCCAGAAGCAGCCAGGCCACAAACAAUACCUUAACCAGUAGCCCUAAUGUCACCAAGAAUGGCAGUGCCACCAAUAACCUGAAUUUGACUGCUUCCGUUCUGCCGAACUUUACCUCCGCCAGCAACGCAACCGCUCCAGCACCAGGGUGCGAGGUAGGCUUGGACCCAAUUUACUCCAACCUGUGCGACAGGCAGGCAGCGUGGGGGAUCGUGGUGGAGACACUGGCCACCCUGGGCUUCCUGGUCACAGUUGGGCUACUGCUGGGGCUGGCCGGCUGGGCGCUGUGGGCAUGCAUGCCAUUCCGGCGGAGGCGGGGAAUCGCAGGAACCGUGGCAUCCCUGCUCCUGUCCCUGCUUGGGACGGCGGGGCUGUUCGGCCUCACCUUCGCCUUUAUUGUGCGCCUCACCCCACAGACCUGCCCAAACGCGCCUUUCCUCUUCGGCGUGCUCUUUGCCCUGGCCUUCUCCUCACUGCUGGCCCGCUCCCUCGCCCUGCAGGGUUUCGGUGUGGCACGCGGCCUGGGCGAGGCGGGCCUGGUCCUCGCACUGACGGUGGUGCAGGUAAUCGUGGCCACCGAGUGGCUGGUGAUGGUGCUGGUGCGGGAUGGCCUGCCCUGCUCCUACACACAGGGUGAGUUUGUGGCGCUGCUGGUCUACGUGCUGUGCUUGCUGGCCGUCGCCCUGGCCUUCACCACGCGCGGCCUCUGCCGCUCCUGCUGUGCCUACAGCUACAGCUACACCGGCGCCAGCCGAACACAGACGCGGGUCCAGGCCGCGCUUCUCUGCCUCACCGCCGUCCUCUCCGCCGCCAUAUGGGUGGUCUGGAUUGCCCUCCUGACCCGCGGGAACGCGACCAUGGGGCGGAGGCCUGCAUGGGACGACCCUGUGCUCAGCGUGGCCCUCGUGGCCAACGGCUGGGUGCUGCUGCUGGCCCACGGGCUGGCCCAGACCAGCUUCCUCUGCAGGGGGAAGCCAGGGGCACAGGAGGGGCCGCUGGACUUCACUGGGUGGACCAGCCCCAGCACCGAAAUGCCUGGGCUGGGCAGUUCCACCAAAACAGGCCGGGAAAACUGCAGCUUUGAGAGCGACGGGCAGGAGAGGAGAGGUAAAAGGCAGGAACCAGUUCUGCGCUCACCCUAUGAGUCUGGAUUCUCCAUGACAGAAAUAGACCCAGACAGGGACUACUCUAUCCCCCGUCCUCAGACCACUAACACCACUGAACCUUAUGAUGACUACUACGGAAACAGGCUGGCUGAUUAAGACUGGACUAAUGCACCCGCACGCACACACGCACACACACACACACACACACACACACACACACACACACACACACACACACAUAUACAUGCUUGCAAAUGGCUUCUGAAUUCUCAUGGGCACAUGCAGUCUGAUUAAGACUGCCAUUGAUUUACAUUUACAUUCACCACUCACAUACACAUGCACACACAUGAAGUGAUGUCCACACAAACAGGCACUUAUUUAGCUACUGUAGAAUAUCACCAUAUGUUACAUAUUAUGGUGUGAUAUAAUGUACACAGACGUGGAUGCACAGGACAAAGGAGACACAUUCAGAGAAAACAUUUGCCUGCAUCCAGGCCUCUCAUUUUGCACUUCUGUGUAUUUUAUACUGAUAAACAGCGCCUUCUAGUGAUGGCAAAUGGUGUAUGUAAUGUAAUAUAAUGUAAUGGUAGAUUGGCACACAUACAGUGGUUUACAGAGGGGCGCUAGGAGACAUUUCCAACAGAAAUUCCAUGAUUUAAAGGAUUUUUGUAGCCAGGUAGCUCUACACACGUGUAUGACAGUGUAUUCUGCAAAUACGCUCUGGCAGUUCAAGGGACAGCUGGGGCCUAGGUUCAAUCCAUCCAAAAUGACUGUAAAUCUGAGUGCUGAAUUUAGUAAGUGUUGCAGGUUUUUCUGAAUUUUAGAGCAUGUCAUUGUGAGGAUGGCAGAUGCUAAAAUUAAUAAAGGCCAUAUUGCAAGAAUAAUUAAUGUAACACUUCAGUUUGUGUGACUAACUUGGGACUGUGUUUGGCUGGCCAUAUACAAAGUGAAUAUUAAAACAAAACAUAACACAGCUCUGUGUGGACCAUAAACUUGGUGCUAGCUUGAUACAUCCAACUUUUGCUGGGGUUCAUUGUAUUUCCAUUUCCUAAAAAUGUUCAGGCUGCAGUUAGAUGAAGUUUUUCAGAGGGAGCCCUUUAAGAAGGUGAGAAUUGCACAGAUGAAAGCAAAGGUUGAGUGCAUGAAGGCACCAGGUAUUCUCUGAACAUAUGAGAGGUGACACACUCUGUAAAGGAGCAUGUGUCUCACACACACUGGAGACAUUCUGGAGUCCUGUGCAUGGAAUGAGGACUGACAAAAGGGAGUUUCACCCAACAGCGAAGAGAUGCUGUGGAUGGCAUCAAACACUCACUGGACAGGUGUCCAAAUUUAGGAAAGUAUGUUGAUGAAUGAUGACAAUGAAGAUGUUUCUUGAUAAUGGUGAUGCUACACAGAAUCCUACCAGGCACAAGAGCAAGCAUAUGCCUACAUCGGUUUAAAAAAUUUCCUAAAGUUAUAUGGGAGUUUAAACUGUAAUUCAAAAUAAUCACACAAUGUUCAUGGUCUUUUCGCUUUUCAUGUCUAUUUUGGUUUCAG